AUGUUAGAUGAUGUUGUUGAGUAUGUUGGAGAAGUAAACAUAGUUCAAGUUGUCACUGAUAAUGCUGCAAAUUUCAAGGCAGCUAGAGAUUUGUUGAUGCAAAAAAGAGAACGAUUGUAUUGGACUCCAUGUGCUGCACACAAUAUUGAUUUGAUCUUUGAAGAUUUUGAAAAGAAUUUGAAGGUCCAUGAAUUGACAAUCAAGAAGGGAAGAAGGAUUACCAUUCACAUUUAUGGAAGAACAAUGUUGAUUUCGUUGUUGAAAAAGUUCACUAAAGGUAGAGACUUGAUAAGACUAGGUGUGACUAGAUUUGCCACGACAUAUUUGACUCUUGGUUGUCUUUUUGAAUUGAAGGCAUCAUUAUUGACCAUGUUUCACUAUGAUGAGUGGAAGAUAAGCAAAUUUGGAACUUCACAAGAGGGGAAAAGAAUAGAAUGCGUGGUAUUAGACAACCGAUUUUGGAAGAAUGUCUCCACAUGCUUGAAGGCUACUGCCCCUCUUAUGGUGGUCUUAAGAUUGGUGGAUUCAGAUGUAAAACCCGCAAUGGUUAUGAAGAGAUGUGAUGAUGGUAAAGAGGUUAAAGAAGGAUUGUAUGAGUGCAUGAGAAGAUUGGUGCCAUAUAUUGCAGAAAGAAGAAAAACUAAUUUGCAAAUUGUUCAAUUUCAUUUUGCUAGAGGUCUUCUUGGAAUGGAAGAUGCAAAUGAAUGUAAGAAAGCAUUAAAUCCUGGUGAAUGUUGGGAGAUGUUUGGGGAUGCAACUCCGGAGUUGAAGAGAUUUGCUAUUGGAAUUCUAAGCUUGACUUAUAGUUCUUCGGGUUGUGAGCAUAAUUGGAGCUCAUUCGAGAUGUUCAAAAGUAGACAAAUUCAAAAAACUGUCGCUCUACCAUUUGAUGACAUUGAAUCAGAUGAUGAAUGGAUAACUGAAGAGGCAGAUGAUGUUGUUGAGAUUAAGCAAGCUGAAGGUGAAAUUGAUGUUCAAAAUGUUCCCUUAGAUGGACCAACAACAGAUCCAGCUCUAGAUGCUCUUGAUCUUGAUAACAUAACUUUUGAUGCCAAUGAGGAUGCACAUGUUUCAUCAGGGGAGGAGUUGGAUGAAGAUGAUGAUGAUGAUGGAGAUGAUGAUAUCAUUAGAGGAUUAGAUGAUUACACAUAG